AUGAUUUCUUUUCAAGCGUUUGCUGAGAGCGCCUACGUUUACGCCGCUCCGGCCACACAGGAUUACGUUCAAUCGACUGUUUUUACACCGCUUGGAUUUGGUCCAUCCUACAGCUCCAUCUUUGCGUUUCCACCAUGCACCACGAACCUGCGUUUAGUAGGAAUAGGGACGCGAAGUCUGGCGACGCAGGCACAUGCUUUAGCUGUUUAUUUGCAGGAUGGCCGGGGGUUUAGCGUGAAGACCCUGCACGAGUGGGGCAUGCCGUACUGUCUCAGCAUGGUACCCAAGACGGAGAAGGAGGGAGAAGGAAAAGUGAUGGCGGCGGUAACGAGAAAUUUGUUUCCCGGAGUUUUGGGAGUAGGAUCUCCCGUAGUUGUAGUGAACGUUGGUUGUGCCGAGGCCGUUCUGCGAGGCAGUGACGUAUUUGCUCCAGGCGUGGUAUCGUUCGUAGGUUCCUUCGUCGCUGGACAGGAGGUUUUUGUCGGUGUGUACCUUCAGCCUGCCAGCGCAAGCACCUCAGCUGGCGGUGGAACGGAUAGGAGAACUCUGUUGUUGUGCGUUGGUGCUGGAACUGCACUGAUGGAUCGCCGCGAGAUUAUUCGGGGCCGGCAAAACGGCGUGGCUGUUCGAACGAACUGGACACCGAUGGCACAGCCAUCGAAAUCAAUUCUAUCAUCAAUGUUGGAUGCAGCAGUGGCUACUCUUUUGAAGGCCGGUGCAACUGAAACAAGUAGUUUCUUUUUGCAGAAUUAUUCAAGCAUGGUGGCUGUCGAUGUUCUUGUACAGCAAUUCUCCAGUAUUGACAUCCAGCGUGAAGGGCCCUUGGCGUUUUUGGAUGCCUGUGCCGCACCAGGUGGCAAGGCAAGUCUUUUGUUAUCUUUGUUACAUGAAAAGGUGCAGGGGUUGGAUUCUUCCCUUGGAAAGAAAGACAAAAGUUCAGAUUCUGUAUUUCCUACGUUCACGUUAACAUGCUGUGAACGCAGCAAAGCGCGUUAUAAGCGACUUCUUGAUCUUCUUGAACUUCAUUUUGGGAUAUCGAUUGUGAAACGUCUGGUGAGGCCCUUCUGUGGCGAUGUCAACAAGUUGCAGAAAACGCAGCGUGAUGAGGAUGUGGAUAGUAUGUGGGAAUGUGAGUUCCACGGCAUUCUGUUGGACCCUCCCUGUACAGGUAUGGGAUUGAGGCCAAAGUUAAACGCGCAUUUAAUCACUCCACAAGGCAUACGGGAUUCGGCAGACUAUCAACGGAAGUUGUUCGACUCGUGUGUAAAAAUGCUUCGGCGCACAGGAACAUCUGUUCUGGUGUACAGUACCUGCACCAUAACUCUUGACGAGAAUGAAGCCAACGUGCUUUGGGCUCUUAAUACAUAUCCGUUUUUGCGACUUGCACGAGCUAAAACUAAUGACAAGAAGAGGUUGUGUUUACUUGGUUCAACAAACUUUGCAAAUGGUCGUCGAUUUCUUCUGGAGGAGGAAAUACAGAAAGCUCAGCGUCGCAAUGAACUUCUUGAAUCGCACACCGCCUCAACGGAGCGUGGCGACACUGAUGAACCGGAGAAUCCACUGAUGAUACUACGCUUUAUGCCGGGUCUUUCAACCAUGCCGGAGGAAGAUGGAGUUGGGUUUUUUCUGGCCGUGUUUCUCUGUCAAUAUCAUGCAGAUGAAUUCCCGAAACACGCAGAACUGUGA